UCUCACACUUUUUAGCAUUCGUCUUCCACCAAUGGCCAUCAGAGCAGCACAACCAUCAUGGUCACCACUCCUCCUUGCUCCUCUCCUCCUCCUCCUCUUCUUCGCUUGCGGAGCUCAUAGUCGCCUUAUCUCGGAGGAGACCCCCUUGAUCUCCGAUGGCAUCACCAGCAGCAGCGGAGAUCACCCUUCCCCUUUCCUUCUCCUGCCACGGAGCAUCGUGAGAUCUAAGCUCAUGGCCGAGGAGUCUUGUGAGCAGACGUAUGGUUUUCUUCCUUGCACGACGACGGUGCUGGGGAAUCUAUUCCUUGUGAUUGUGUAUGGGUUUAUGAUGUUCAAGGCUGCGACUUUCCUGUCCACCGGGAGUGAGCUUUUGUUGGAGAUCCUUGGUCCUGGUAUCGUGGGUGGUCUCUUUCUCCCUAUCCUUGGUGCCCUUCCUGACGCCAUGCUCAUUCUCGUGUCUGGACUUUCUGGGAGUAGAGAGACUGCUCAGUCUCAGGUCGUAAUUGGAAUGGGCCUGCUUGCUGGGUCCACAGUCAUGCUUCUAACAGUACUAUGGGGUUCCUGCAUUGUUGUUGGGAAGUGUGAUCUUUCAGAGAAUUCAACUUCAGUGGAUUUGCAAGAUACAAAAGGGUUCAGCCUAUUUGGCUCUGGGGUUUCUGUUGAUUUGCCAACUAGCCAUGCUGCAAAGAUCAUGGCCAUAUCCGUUGUUCCAUUCAUUAUUGUGCAAAUACCCCUAAUUUUCAAAAUUCCUUCCGCAGGACGCAUAGCAGUCUUGAUUUCUCUUAUUGUUUCAGCUGGGCUUAUCAUUGCAUAUUGCCUUUAUCAGGUCUUUCAGCCUUGGAUUCAGAAGAGAAGACUUGCGUAUGCGAAGCAUAAGCAUGUAAUAUCCGGAAUCCUAAGACAUGCUCAAAUGCAGUCUCUUGGCCGUCUAUUUGACAGUGAUGGGGAACCGAAUGUGCAUGUUAUAAGAAAAUUAUUUCACAAACUAGAUUUGGAUGCAAACAACUUAAUAUCACGCAAUGAAUUAAGAGCACUCAUUAUAGGCAUCCAAUUUGAUGAAAUGGACCUGGAUAAGGAUGAUGCGGUGGAUAAAGUUAUGGAUGAUUUUGACACCUCACGCAAUGACUUGAUCGAAGAAGGGGAAUUUAUACAAGGAAUUUCAAAAUGGCUGUUAGAGGCUAAACAUACUGUUGGCUAUUCUGGUGUUUUCUCCCAGAGGUUCAUACAUGACUUCCACAUGAAAACUAGGGAUGAACAUAACUCGUUGGUUGAAAAGAGCGAUGAAGUUGUAGAGAAUAUUGAUAAUCCCACUUACACCUGUAUUAAAGCUCUUUUAUUAUUACUUCUGGGCACUGUUCUUGCUGCUGUAUUUGCUGAUCCACUGGUGGGUGCUGUUGACAAUUUCUCACUUGCAACAAACAUUCCCUCUUUCUUUAUUUCGUUCAUUGCAAUGCCAUUGGCUACGAACUCCAGUGAGGCAGUUUCAGCACUCAUUUUCGCCAGCCGAAAGAAGCAGAGAACAUCUUCACUGACAUUCUCUGAGAUAUAUGGUGGUGUGACUAUGAACAACACACUUUGCUUGGCUAUUUUCUUGGCUCUAGUUUAUAUUCGAGGUCUUACGUGGGACUUUUCUUCAGAAGUGCUGGUCAUCCUAAUUGUUUGCAUCGUCAUGGCUCUCUUCACAAGUUUUCGCACCACAUUCCCUCUCUGGACAUGCUUUGUGGCAUACCUGCUCUACCCAUUUUCCCUCGUGUUGGUUUAUGUCCUCGAUUUUGUAUUUGGGUGGUCAUAGGCAUCUGAAAUUGUCAUCGGAGGAUUUAAUUUUAUCAUUUUAGCGUGUGAUGAAGAAUGCUUUUUGUGCUUAUCUCCUUUCUAAGUGUUCCGCUGAUUUGGACGCUGAUGUAAAAUUAUGGUCACUCUUGACACUGAAUGUUUGGUUGAACUGUUAAGUAUGGUCAUUACUUUUACUUGUAUCCAUCCAUGGCCAUGCUAAUAUAUAGAAAUUGGUUUUGCGCUUUUUGUUUGCUUUA